CGUCAGGAGGAGCAGGGGAGACGCGGCCGCCAUCUUGUGCGUGCAGCGAUAGCCAGUCAGCCGAGCCAGGCGGGCUGAACGGCCCCUGCGCCUUGGCGAGCUCGCUGGAUUCCACCCCCUCCCCGCCUCCCGCUUCGCUCCCGGGGCUGUGACGGAGAAGCGGAGGCCGCCUCCGACGCCUUUUGUUUUUCUUUUUCCUUUCCCCUCACCGCCCCCCUCCCGCGGGGGGGUUUACGUUGCUGCGCUGGGGGAGGAUGAACGGAGGAUAAAUGGUGCCCAAGGCAGACAGCGGCACCUUCCUCCUCCUCUUCCUCCUGGUACUUAGCAUCACCGAGCCGUUGCGGCCAGGUGCAAGACUAGCUCUGGCAAGACUUCUUUCAGAACUGCGCUGCAUCCCAGGGCAAUUCGCUUGUCGCAGUGGCUCCAUCCAGUGCAUCCCAUUGAACUGGCAGUGUGAUGGAUGGCCCACCUGUGAGGAUGAGAGUGACGAAGUUGACUGCCCAAAUUUUACUGGGGACCAGCGCACUUACCACGGGAAGGAUAAUGUGGAUUCCAGGCACAAUCGCGGAAGAGGAGGGGACACGACCCGCUUCCACACCGUCAAUGUGGCACAGCCAGUGCGGUUCAGCAGUUUCCUAGGGAAGUGCCCGUCAGAAUGGCAUCACUACGAGGGCACGGCCAGCUGCUACAGAGUGUACUUAAGUGGCGAGAACUACUGGGACGCCGUCCAGACCUGUCAGAGGGUGAAUGGAUCCCUGGCCACUUUUACAACUGACCAGGAGCUCAAGUUUAUCUUGCAGCAGGAGUGGGACUCGCAAGAUAAGGCCUUUGGGAGGAAAGACCAGAGUAGGUUCUGGGUUGGAUACCAGUAUGUCAUCACAAACAGAAAUCAUUCUCUGGAAGGUCAUUGGGAGGUUGCUUACAAAGGUUCAUCAGAAGUAUUUUUGCCCCCCAACCCUACCUUCAGUACGUCCGUGUCGGAAAACGAAAACAUCCUUUGCGCCCAGUUCCAAUGUUCCCACUUCCCGACCCUGCGGCACCGCGGUUUUCACAGCUGGUAUGCUGAAAACUGCUAUGAGAAGUCUUCAUUCCUCUGCAAAAGAAGUCAAACCUGUGUAGAUAUAAAAGACAACAUUGUCGACGAAGGCUACUAUUUCACCCCGAAAGGAGAUGACCCCUGCCUGAGUUGCACUUGCCACAAUGGCGAGCCAGAGAUGUGUGUGGCGGCCCUAUGUGAGCGGCCUCAGGGCUGCCAGCAGUAUCGGAAAGACCCCAAGGAGUGCUGCAAGUUUACUUGUUUAGAUCCUGAUGGCAACAGCUUGUUUGACUCCAUGGCGAGCGGCAUGCGCCUCAUCGUGAGCUGCAUCUCCUCCUUCCUCAUCUUGUCCCUGCUCCUCUUCAUGGUCCACCGGCUACGGCAGCGGCGCAGGGAGCGCAUCGAGUCUCUGAUCGGAGCAAACCUGCACCACUUCAACUUGGGUCGCAGGAUGCCCGGUUUCGAUUACGGCCCCGAUGGCUUUGGGACUGGACUUACGCCACUCCACCUUUCCGAUGACGGGGAAGGUGGGGCAUUUCAUUUCCACGACCCUCCUCCUCCCUACACGGCGUACAAAUACCCAGAUAUCCAGCACCCCGAUGACCCACCUCCGCCGUACGAAGCUUCCAUUAACCCAGACAGCAUUCUUUGUUCUCCCCCAGGUGGAAUCCAUUCCCAGACAGGCCAGAGCAACCAGCUGUCUCUCGGAAACGGCGACGCAUCUCCGCCGCUGACAGAGGAAUCUCUUCCUCCUUCGGUCGGUCCUUCUCCAGCAGAGCUGGAAGACUCUGUUGACAGCAGCACCCUCCUCGUACCUCCCGACACGCCCUUAAGUGAAAGUCCGCCGGCAGAGACACUUUCAGGCAGCCUCCACAGUCACUGUUCCCUGAAUACCAUUGUAUAAAGGAAAAUUGGGGGGCGGGAGGGGAUUGGAAAAAAA